UGCGUCUUCUCAAAAGACAGAACAUCCCCACCAUGGAAGACGUGAAGACGCUAUUCAGCUACAUCAACUCUGAACUGCACAAUACAUUCCAAGAGUUAAAGGAAACGUUUGUGCCGAAGAAGUGGCUAAAGCUAGCCGAAAUGGUCAUGGCGUGGAUCAUCGUUUUCAAUAGACGUCGCAUCGGUGAAGUCCAAAAUAUUCGCGUCAACGAGUUUGUUGGUCGCGAAAGCGUCGACGAUGACUCUAACAAAGAGAUAUUGGCCGCCCUGUCUACGGAGUCACAAGGAAUAGCAAGGAAAUUCAAACGAAUGAAAAUUCGCGGAAAAAAGGGUCGAACUGUUCCCGUAUUGAUGAAGCCGUUCAUCGAAAAAAGCAUCGAAUUUCUCAUUAAGACGCGGCAAAUGGCUGGAAUACCCAGUGACAGACAAUUUUUGUUCGAAUUGCCUACGUCGUCAGAUCUUCAAAUCGAUGCAUGUCGUUUAUUACGAAACCUUUCAACGUCAUGCGGCGCUAACAAUCCCUCCAGUCUUCGAGGAACGACGUGCAUCGCUCUAGAGCUGAACGAAGCCCUAGUAGGGGAACUGGCCAAAUUCUUGGGCCAUGAUGAAAAAAUUCACCGCGAACAUUAUCGUCAAAACCCUAUCGACCGCGAAGUGGUGCAAGUGGCGCAGUUGCUGGAGAAGGCGUCAGGGCAGCGUGACGAGUUCAGCGACGAUGAGGAGGACGAGUUCGGUAAUGGUGGUUUGAUAAGUGGCGAUGUAGACAUUGGCGAAGUAAGCGAACACGCUGAAACGAACAACGGUGAUUGUGGAACUCCCGAUGCAACAGAGCUAAUUUCGAAUGGAACCGGAAUCAGACAAUAAGAUAUUGGUGGUGGAACAAAAAAAUGUACCAGAAUUGCAUGGAGUGAUGAAGAGGUUUCUUGUGUGAAGAAAGUGUUUGCAGCCCAUUUUAAGAAUCCCACAUUGCCUGUGGAAAGCGAAA